AGAGAGAGAGAGAGAGAUAGCAGUGAGCGUUUUGAUCGGGGCAUUGGCCGGAAGUGGUCAGCUUUCUUCAUUUUCCGUUCAUGGUUGCUAGGCGUGGCGACCCCUUAAGGGGUCGUCUAAGGCCAAUGGCCUUCACAUUGGCCAUUGUUCUCAUGUCCACUACUCUCAGCUUGGUGGCUGCUGAUGCUUAUCCUUAUUACUCUCCUCCGCCACCAACAGAACACUAUGAGUACAAAUCUCCGCCUCCUCCUUCACCAUCUCCUCCCCCACCAUACGAGUACAAGUCUCCACCACCACCCAAAGAGGCUCCUGCUCCAAAAUAUGAGUACAAAUCUCCACCACCACCGGUUGAGCACAAGUCUCCUCCUUAUGAGUACAAGUCUCCUCCACCACCUUAUGAGUACAAGUCUCCACCACCACCCAAAGAGGCUCCUGCUCCAAAAUAUGAGUACAAAUCUCCACCACCACCGGUUGAGCACAAGUCUCCUCCUUAUGAGUACAAGUCUCCUCCACCACCUUCACCAUCUCCUCCGCCACCUUAUGAGUACAAGUCUCCACCACCACCCAAAGAGGCUCCUGCUCCAAAAUAUGAGUACAAAUCUCCACCACCACCUACUCCAAAAUACGAGUACAAAUCUCCACCACCACCACCGGUGGAGCACAAGUCUCCUCCUUAUGAGUACAAGUCUCCGCCACCACCUUCACCAUCUCCUCCACCACCUUAUGAGUACAAGUCCCCCCCACCACCGAAAGAGGCUCCUGCUCCAAAAUAUGAGUACAAAUCUCCACCACCACCAGUUGAGCACAAGUCUCCUCCUUAUGAGUACAAGUCUCCUCCUCCACCCUCACCGUCUCCCCUUCCACCCUAUGAAUACAAGUCCCCACCCCCUCCAGUAAAGGCUCCUGCUCCAAAAUAUGAGUACAAAUCUCCACCACCGCCAGUUGAGCACAAGGCUCCUCCCUAUGAGUACAAGUCUCCACCACCACCUUCACCAUCUCCUCCACCACCAUAUGAGUACAAAUCUCCACCCCCACCAUCUCCAAAGCCUUAUUACUACAAAUCUCCCCCACCACCAUCACCAUCACCACCUCCACCAUACUACUACCAUUCUCCUCCACCACCAGUGAAGUCUCCAGCACCAGAACCUUACUACUAUAAAUCUCCACCACCACCUUCACCAAAGCCUUACUACUACCACUCACCUCCACCUCCUUCACCAUCUCCUCCACCACCAUACUACUACCAUUCUCCACCACCACCAGUGAAGUCUCCAGCACCAGAGCCUUACUAUUAUAAGUCUCCACCACCACCAUCACCAAAGCCUUACUACUACCACUCCCCUCCACCUCCUUCACCAUCUCCUCCUCCACCCUACUAUUACCAUUCUCCACCACCACCGGUGAAGUCUCCAGCACCAGAGCCUUACUACUAUAAAUCUCCACCACCACCUUUACCAAAGCCUUACUACUAUCAUUCCCCACCUCCUCCUUCACCAUCUCCUUCACCACCAUACUACUACAAGUCUCCUCCUCCUCCAUCUCCUAAACCUCACCCACCUUAUUACUACAACUCCCCACCACCACCAAUGAAGUCUCCGGCACCAACACCUUACUACUACAAAUCUCCACCACCACCCUCACCAAAGCCUUACUAUUACCAGUCCCCACCACCACCAGUGAAGUCUCCGGCACCAACACCUUACUACUACAAGUCUCCACCACCACCCUCUCCAAAGCCUUACUACUACCAGUCCCCACCACCACCAGUGAAGUCUCCGGCACCAACACCUUACUACUACAAGUCUCCACCACCACCCUCACCAAAGCCUUACUACUACCAGUCCCCACCACCACCAGUGAAGUCUCCAGCACCAACACCUUACUACUACAAGUCUCCACCACCACCCUCUCCAAAGCCUUAUUACUACCAGUCCCCACCACCACCAAUGAAGUCUCCAGCACCGACACCUUACUACUACAAGUCCCACCACCACCUUCACCAAAGCCAUACUACUAUCAGUCCCCACCACCACCAAUGAAGUCUCCAGCACCAACACCUUACUAUUACAAGUCUCCUCCUCCUCCAUCUCCAAUGCCACACCCACCUUACUAUUACAAUUCUC